AUGGCGACCCAGGUCGAGCUCGCCCAUGAAGACAGCGUCGCCGCGUUCUACAAAAUUCAAAACUGCGACGAGAACGGCGAGUACCGCGCCAACAAGUACAACCGGACCCUCGGCACGGCCUUCCUGCCCCCGGCAGCCCACGUGCCCGCGCUCCCCGCGACGGCGCCGCUCGACGACCUCGUCGCCGCCGUCGCCGCGCACGGCGCCGUCGUCCUCAAGGGCGCGAUCCCCGUCGGCGACGUCGCCGCGUUCCGCGCCGCGCACGACGCCGCGCUCGCCGAGCUGAAGCCGCUCAAGGACGAGCUCUACGCGCGGCGCGCGGCCGCGGAGCGGCGCGGCGAGGCGAGCGAGUCCUUCUACAAGGGCGAGCUCCGCGCGCCGUCGGGCCUGCGGCUGCGCACGACGGCCCGCGGCCGCUUCGACCUGAAGCACCUUGACCGCCGCGACGGGCCCGGCGGCCCGCUCGCGGCCGCGGUCGAGCCGCUCGUGCUGCCGCCCGCGUGCCGCGCGCUGCUCCAGCGCCUGAUGGCGACGCCCUGGCGCGUGAAGACCGUCGGGUCCCUGCCGACGGACGCGGGCGCGUCGGGCGGCGAGUGGCACCGGGACAUCGGCGAGGGCCCGUGUGGAAAUCAACCACUGGUUUGGGGGGUCCCCACCAAACUUCAGAACUCUCUACCUCGAUCAAAUCGAAGUCGAUUCGGCUGA